GUCGCAUUCCAGUGCUCUUCCAGCCGGUCUGUUGACUUGCAAGUUUUUCUUCCUCUUUCCAAAGGGGCGCAGGGAUACACUACUUUACUUAUUUUUUUCUUGUUUAUUCAUGAGUACAUGAACGAUUAAACGACAUUUCAGAACCAUUUUGUUUUUCAUGAAUUUAUGAUUUACGAAGAAAAAAGGAAAUCAAAAACACGAACUACGAAAGCAAAAUAAAAUCACUUACCUGGAACCACUGGAAUCAAAAUGUCUCUGAAUCCAUCUGACGCAAGGGGCGUCAACUCGACCGCGGGUGAAGAAACUCAGCAACAAUAUGUAACUUUACUACCGGCUCAGAACGACCAAGUCGAUGAGCAGCAGCAGCACGUUGUCUAUUCGGAGCAGACGCCACUGCUUCAUUCGGGACAUGGACAUGUUUCUGCUUCUGCUUCUUCAACAAUGCAGCACUGCUCAACUCAGCCAUGGUGGAAGACGGCGCAGCAGGUAUCCUGCGAUGUCUGGCUGCAGGGUAAGGGCAUGAUCUUGGUCAUGUUCGCGCAGUUCUUUGGCGCGUCAAUGAAUGUCAUGACGCAGGUUUUGGAAAUCAAGGGUCGUGAUGGGAAGGGGUUUCAUCCGUUUCAGAUCCUGUUCGCCCGCAUGUCUAUCACUGUUCUCGCUAGUUACCUCUACAUGUGGUACGCGCGAGUACCGCAUCCGUUUGGAACGCGCGAAACCUUUACUCUGCUGAUGCUGCGCGCUGGAGGUGGAUUCUUCGGCGUCUACGGGCUCUACUACUCCGUUCAGUAUUUGCCGCUCUCCGAGGCGACCGUGGUGACUUUCCUAGCGCCGAUCCUGAGCUGCUAUGCUUGCUCGCUCUUGAUCCCCAACGAGACAUUCACGCGCAAGCAGCAACUUGCCGGACUGGUCUCGCUGGCGGGUGUCGUUCUCAUUGCUCGGCCGUUCCCGUUCAUGCGCUCGGGCGCCGACUCCGAAGAACCGGAGCAAGGCGAUAAGCCCGGUGCCACCGAUAGCUACCACCACGUGCUGGCCAUCGUGGUGGCUUCGUUCGGAGUGCUGGGAGCCUCCUGUGCGUACACCACGAUCCGGAUGAUCGGACAGCGCUGCCACCCACUCGUCUCAGUGACUUACUUUUCCUCCUUCACGACGGUCGUAGCUACACUGGCGAUGCUGAUCAUGCCCUCGGUCCCGCUGGAGCUGCCGGGAACGCUGUGGGAGUGGACGCUGCUUCUUGGGCUGGGUGUUAGCGGAUUCUUGCUGCAGUUCCUGCUCACGGCAGGUCUGGCGUAUGUGCCGCCAGUGCGGAAGACUAAGCCCACGACUUCGGUGGACUGGGAUCGGGACUAUGGCACACGCGACGAGGAGGAGGAAGCAUCAGCGAAGCCAACAUCGUCCGGAUCGCGGGCUACUUUCAUGCUGUACACACAGAUGCUGUUUGCCGUGUUCUACGACCGGGCGAUCUGGGGUAGUACGUUGUCGGCGGUGAGCUGGGCGGGAUCGGCGCUGAUUCUGGUGAGCGCGAUGUAUGUGGCCAUGGCGCGAGAGGGCGCAAAAGGAACCGCAUCCGAGGAGAAGGAGGGAGGAGCUCAAGAGGGCACGGACGAGAACCGGGCUGGAGUGGCUGCAGAAGCGCGUCUGGAGGAGGGCGGGGAAAGACAACAGAGCGGGGGUCGCGCAUGA